UUCCUCCUUGCAUAUUUGCCCGACACGUGUUCUCUUCUGCCGUUUGGCUUCCCUGAACUCUCUCUUGCUCUCACAAGUCUACUAGUCCUAUAUACAGUGACUUCACCUCUUCGCUGACUCUCCCGUCUCCGUUCCGAUCUCUCGUCUCGAUCGCAAUAGGCCGAUGGCGAUGCUGAGGGCGGCGAAACACGCGAUGAGAUCCCUGGGUUCUACGGCACCCGAGGCGGCUCCUUUCUCAAGGAUGCUUCAUGCUUCUCCCGGAAGCAAGAAGAUCGUCGGAGUAUUCUACAAAGCCAAUGAGUAUGCUUCGUUGAACCCCAAGUUCGUAGGGUGCGUCGAGGGAUCCUUGGGCAUUCGGGACUGGCUGGAAUCUCAAGGCCACCAAUACAUUGUCACUGAUGAUAAAGAGGGCCCAAAUUGUGAGCUUGAGAAGCAUAUUCAUGAUAUGCAUGUUCUGAUAACAACCCCAUUUCAUCCGGCUUAUGUUACCGCGGAGAGGAUAAAGAGGGCUAAAAACUUGCAACUUCUUCUCACUGCUGGAAUUGGCUCAGACCACAUUGAUCUGAAAGCUGCAGCGGAGGCUGGAUUGACUGUAGCAGAGGUCACCGGAAGCAAUGUGGUCUCUGUUGCAGAAGAUGAGCUCAUGCGAAUUCUCAUUCUUGUCCGAAACUUCGUUCCCGGUUAUCUUCAGGUGAUUAAAGGUGAUUGGAAUGUAGCAGGAAUCGCAUACAGAGCAUAUGAUCUGGAGGGCAAGACUGUUGGAACUGUUGGUGCUGGCCGAAUUGGAAAGCUUUUGCUCCAGCGUUUGAAGCCCUUCAACUGCAAUCUGCUCUAUUAUGACCGGAUUAAGAUGGACCCUGCACUGGAGAAAGAGAUAGGGGCAAAGUUUGAGGAAGAUCUUGACACAAUGCUUCCUAAAUGCGACAUUAUUGUUAUAAACACACCUCUUACAGAGAAAACCAGAGGAAUGUUUAACAAGGAGAGGAUUGGAAAGCUGAAGAAGGGAGUUCUUAUCGUGAAUAACGCUCGAGGCGCUAUCAUGGACACUCAAGCAGUUGCUGAUGCUUGCUCCAGUGGGCACAUUGCAGGUUACAGCGGCGAUGUCUGGAAUCCACAGCCAGCUCCCAAAGAUCAUCCAUGGCGGUACAUGCCAAACCAGGCAAUGACACCCCACAUUUCUGGAACUACCAUCGACGGCCAACUGAGGUAUGCUGCUGGAGUGAAGGACAUGCUGGAUUGUUACUUCAAAGGACAGGAAUUCCCAGCCCAAAACUACAUUGUGAAGGAGGGAAAGCUAGCGAGCCAGUACCAGUGAUGAUACACCUCUCUUCUGCACCGGGAAGCUUUCAUGUGAAUCAUCGUGUUGGUUUAUCGUAAUAAACCAUGUAGUGUGCUACAUGGGUUGCGUUCCAAUUCGCGAAGUGUUCAUUUCAGUGUAUCGAACUCUCCUCUUGUGCUAGCUACUACAAAUCCUUGUAAUGGCUAUUGUUCUGGUUUCUCUGAGUCCUACUCUAGCAGUUCCACAAUAACAGAACACCAUUGUAGACAA